ACCUCGACACAGUAACGUUCGAGGCAUAUUUGCCGUUCUACCCGUGCCUCUCGCCUCGCAGCGGGUCCACCUCCACGGCGUUUCCCCUGUGCAACUCAGCGACGGCGACGGAGACGGCGAGCGGAGGAGGAGGAGGAGAUGAAGCUGAAGCAGCUCGAGGGCCUCCUGGGGGGCCUGACCCAGUUCUCUAACCCCAAGGUGGAGCUGGAGCAGUACGCGACGGGCCCUCACAUCGCGUCGCGGAUGCUCUACACGGCUGAGAAUAGUUUCGGUGACAUAACUGGGAAAGUGGUAGCUGACUUUGGGUGCGGCUGUGGUACCCUGGCUGUCGCGAGUGCUCUGCUGGACGCCGAGCAUGUUACUGGUAUUGAUAUUGACCUGCAGUCCCUUGAACUUGCUCAAGAAAAUGCUGAUGAUUUGGAGGUAUGCCAUUGUUUGGGUUUCUUCUAUAACUGCUGCUUUAGCCUGAAGCUGGAUAUCGACUUAAUUCAGUGUGACAUAAAGAAUUUAAAUUUGAAAGGCCUUCUUGUCGACACUGUUGUCAUGAAUCCUCCCUUUGGGACAAAAAGAAAUGGAGCUGACAUGGAAUUCCUUUCUAUGGGCUUGAAGGCUGCCUCUCAAGCUGUCUAUUCUCUGCAUAAGACUUCCACAAGAGAAUACAUCAAGAAGGCAGCCUUGCGUAAUUGCAAUGCCCUCAGUGCUGAGGUUCUCUGUGAGCUGCGCUACGAUCUGCCACAGACCUAUGAGUUCCACAAGAAGAAGGAGGUCGACGUCGCAGUUGAUCUGUGGCGUUUCGUUCCACGAGCUCGGGACGAAAGCACAGCAGAACGACAUGGCAACAAGAUGAGACCGUGACAUGGCACUUCUGGAACCACCAUGUGAUGGUUGGCAGGACUUGCUUUAGAAAGAAAAUGCAUGAACAAAUUUAUAGAUUUCCUUCCCCUUGUAAGUGACAAGCACCAAUUAGGUUCGGCAUGCCGUUGGUGGAAAUAGGCAUGUAUGGAUUAUGGUGGAACCAUUUAAUCAGCUUUCCUCUCUGUACAAUGUCGUAGCUCCUACUAGGAUGAUCUUAUUUUUGUUAUGCUGGCUACCUGAGAAGAAGAAAAAUGUUUGUUUUCACACAAAAUUUGCCAUCCAUGAUAUUGACCUUAACAUC